AUUUUAAAUUUCUGGUUGGCUAGGGUUCCUUCCCUUCCAUUGGAUCAGGAGUCAUCGCAGCACGAGUUACCUGCCCUCCCUCCUCCUCCUCCUCCCCAUUCCCCAUCCAUCGAUUACACACACAAACACACACACACACAUAUAUAUACAUAUAUCAAAUUUGUAUUGGGUGUUUUGCAGUACUUCUGAAGAGAGGGAGGGUUUAAUUAGAAUUUAGCACUCAAAUGGCACACAGUAGUAUAUGGGUAGGCUGCUGAACUUGCUGUCAUUCUUAUCUACUCUACAGUACAGGAGGGAGUGUUCACAAUGAGGUCAGAGUUCUUUGUGUACAAGCAUAUAUGUGGUGCCUCAAGGGCGUGAAUGCUGUGAAAAACUCCUCCUUCGAUGUUCAUGGCAUGUAGAAGGGGAACUGUCAUACUGCAGUCAUCUUUGUCGUUGAUGGAGAAUGAAAACUCUGAAAGGUUAUGUAAUGUUCUUAAAAGUUGUCAUAUUAUCUUGAACUUGAACAACAUACCAAGUUUUAGUGGGAAAACUUCAAAGCUUGGCAUAAAGUCUACAGCUUUUCCUACAAAGAGUUUUCAAACAAAAAGACAUGGUUGGAAAGUAGCUUUUGCUUUGGACACUGGCGGAAUUUCCAACAAUGGUGGACAAGAUGACAGCCUUGAUGAUGAUAGUCAAGGCCUGAGCCGGACUCGAUUAGGUCGGAUUGCAAGUGCAGGGGGCAGACAGCUGUUGGAGAAACUGAAUGCAGCUAGAAAAAACUUCCCCAUGAAGAUCUUUCUUGUUUUACUAGGUUUCUACACAGCAAAUGCAUUGGCUACAAUUCUUGGGCAGACAGGUGACUGGGACGUAUUGGUUGCUGGUGUUGUGGUUGCUGCCAUUGAGGGGAUCGGUAUGCUCAUGUACAGAAAGCCCUCCUCUCUAACCACUGGGCGGUUGCAGUCUUUGGUGGUGAUGAUAAACUAUUGGAAGGCUGGUGUUUGCUUAGGCCUCUUUGUAGAUGCUUUCAAAUUAGGCAGUUGAUUUCUCCUCCCUUCUGCAAUGUUUACCUUAUUAUUAUUUCUUAUUUUUGUUGAGUUGUCUCCAGAGGAAAGAUUUUCCUGUUAUUCAUUUUCCCUAUUCCUUCGAUAGGUAGUUUGAAGGAAGCAUCUGUACCAACGCAGAAAAAAUAUAAAACGGAGACUUGCAAAUGUACGAGUACAGUUAAAUGUAAAGAUAAUAAAUAAAAAAUUUCCGGCUUAAUUAUCAUGUUGAGGGACGAAUUGAUCUUAAAGUUGAUCUAUUAUAUGUAUAAGUAGUUUUGCUGU